AUGCACAUCAACAAGCUCAAGGUCAAGCCGCGCAAGACGGCCUACGUCCAGCCCUGUGCCCUCGAGCUCACGGCCAUGCUCGGCUGCUGGGCCUCGAGCGGCGACCUCGUCAACGCAAAGGACUGCCGCGAGGCCGCCAUCCGCCUCCACGAGUGCAUGGCCAAGCCUCAAGCCAAGGGCAAGCCUCGCGUGUCGUCCGUCAACUACCUGCUCGCGAGGAUGGGAAAGGUGCGCCCUCGCUCUCCCUUGCUCGCCCGAACGACGCACACAAGCUAA